CCUGUAUUCUGGCAUUCAUGUCCAUGGGGUCAGAGCGGGUGGAGAUGCGUAAGAGACAGAUGCAGAUUCACCAGGAAGCAGCUGCCAGUGUCCUCCAAGCACGCCACAGGAUGGGCAACACCCCCACUAACGCCUCAAACGCUUGCUGUUUCUGCUGGUGCUGCUGCUGUAGCUGCUCCUGCUUGACUGUCAGGGGUGAAGAUGAGACAAUUCAGAGGACAACUUUUGAAAGGAGGACAGAGGGAGCCACUAAUUGCGAGGAGAGCCCCAAACCAACCCUGGAAGACGCACGCUCCUGGUCCACGUCAUUUGAGAAGCUGAUGAAAAGUGCGGCCGGGCGAGGCUGCUUCAGGCAGUUCCUGCGGACGGAGUUCAGUGAGGAGAACAUGAUGUUCUGGCUGGCCUGUGAGGAGCUCAAGAAGGAGACCAACAAGACGGUGGUGGAGGAGAAAGUUCGCCAAAUUUACGAGGACUUCAUCUCUAUCCUUUCUCCAAAAGAGGUGAGUUUGGACUCGCGCGUUCGAGAUGUGAUAAACCGCAACAUGCUGGAGCCGACCUCACACACGUUUGACGAUGCUCAGCAGCAGAUCUACACGCUGAUGCAGAGAGACUCAUACCCCCGCUUCAUGAACUCAACGGCGUACACAGAUCUGGUGAAGAGUCUGGAGGAGCCUCCCCCGGAGCCAUAGACUCCCCACUGCCACCACACUUAGCUUUUAAAAUGGCGCAUGCGUCCCGCCUGAAGAAAUUUCGUGCUCCUGUUGUUGAGUCCAGCUAUUGACAGGACAACAGGAAAAUGAACAGUGCAUCAAAAAACAGUCUUUCUCAAGAUGUAAUUACUGUUUAUUUACCCAUUAUUAUUAUCUUACCAAAACCCUUGGAGCAAACAAGAACAAAUGCUAGACCCAGCAUCAGUUACUUGCUCAAAAAACAUAUCUAUAUUUUUAUAUAUUCCCUAGCGCUUGACAUUGCACUUUUCUACCUUGUUUUAUGAGAGAAAGCAUGUAUCUGUGAACACUGCAUUUGUGUUUAGGUAUGUUGUCAGCCUUAAUGCAUAUCGAGUUCUUGUAGAAACUAGUGUUUCAUUCAAUGAUAACUUAAGAGGAAGGAAAGUGCCUUGGAAUAAGAUCUUUUACACUAGCACCUUGGGUUUGAUCUGAACGGUGCAACAACAACUUAUGUUGGUGCUUUCAGCUCUUCUCAACGGUGAGUUCCUUUUUACAACUGAUGAGCUGUUACCUGAAAAUAGAUCUUGCCUGUGUGUUUAAAUACUGUGAUAUUAGUCGUUAUAUU